UUCAUCCCGCUGGGCUUGGCAGCGAUAAUCGUAAGGCUUCGCUCUCUUGACUUGACCGGCUUCAGCAACGCGUCGAACAGCAUGUAACACCACCACGAUGGCGGAAAAGGUGCUCACCGGUCGCAUCAACAAGCGCUCGCGUCGUCGCAAUGCUGGCCAAAAGCUGCCAACCCUUCCGCCAGACGCUCGAGUCACCAAGCGCCCUUUGCUGCACCCAGCACUUCCUUCUCCAUACGCCGGAUCGACGCAGCAGAAGGUCAUCUACGUGUCGAACAAGACGCCAUUCAUGUCCGCUGUCAAGCGCGUCGAGAAACUCCUUCACCUCAGCGACAAGCGAUUAGUCCAAUCAGCGACCCAACGCAGCAAGGACGCGCAGAAGACGAGACGCAGAUCAGAGCGCGAGGCAGACGAUAUUCUGAGCAUCGCCAAAGAGCUGGAGAAUGCGAAGAGCAACGUCAACGAGCGUGAACAAGUCGUCUUGAAGGGCACGGGAAAGGCCAUCAGCAAAGUCAUGGAGCUUGGUUUAUGGUUCCAGCAGAGGGACGAAUACCAAACCACUUUGCGGACAGGUACUGUCGGCGCCAUAGACGAUGUGCACUACCAGCAAGACGAGAAGGAGGCAGACGUUGAUGCGAAUGGCUGCGAAUCUGCACAAAAGGAGGCCGAAGACAGCGUGAAAGCAUCAACACGACCGACAUCCAGAGUCGUCAAGCACGAGGAGCGCGUGAAUGAGGAUGGCAAAACGGAAGUGGAAGAGACGCGCAUCCGCCAGCUGAGUGUUCUCGAAUUACGCGUGAGCCUGCGGUAAUCAUUACUGAAUGGUCAUGCGCUGGACUCGGAUUCCCGUUACUCCCAGAGACCUGGUGAGCACUUGCUGGAACUCAUAUUCUCGUCGGGCUUUUAUAUUUCAUUCGCCGCCAAAUUUGUGCCCUCCCAAAAAGUCAUGAGCG